AUGCCAGUCGACGUUGAAGCUUAUAUGGCAGGAGCGAUUCCCGCUCUUUCUCGCGGUGGAUCAUGGCUGCCUGUUCAAGGACCAGCUAGUGGGACCUCCUUGCCACCUCUUCAACCUCAAUCAGCCUGUGGAUCAUCCCCUAUCUCCUCCUAUCCACAAACUCCACCUACAGCACUUACAGGUAUGAGUGGCUCUCCCGUUAUUGGCGGUCCAAUUCAAUUUCCUAAAUCCCCCUGGAACCGACCUCCAGCUAGCCCUGCAACGGUCCAUUCAGCAAGAUCAGGAACCCUGAGUCAGCUUGACCUAGUUGGUUCAGCGAGUACUCAUGGUCUUAAGCGGGAAUCCGUCCUUGGUCCAGUCAAACAUAACGGAUGGCUGAAGACUGGAUCAGAAGCUUCGGAAUCAGUAGGUGGAUCGAUUUAUCAAGAGUCCAUCGGACCAAGCGCAUCUGUAAGAGCUAUCACUCCAAGUCAUUUGCCACCAGGUCAUCUUCGGGGAUCACCUAGGGCCGGAGAUCAUUGGGAACGUCAAGCAGGAUCUCCCAAGCCCUCCUCCCGAGAACCUAAUUAUAUCCACAAAAAUCAGUUACAUCCCUCGACUGAGGUAUCUGUUCCUAUCACAUCAUCAUAUCGAAAAAUAAGUGGACACGAUAUCCUUCAGCCUUCUCCUUAUCGAAGAGUGACUGAACUCUUGCCACCUUCACCAAGCGAGCAUUAUUGGUCUUCCCGUCCUUCUUUGGCAAGAAGACAUACCCAUGAUCCACUACAUGCUCCUAAACCGAGGAAACAUCAGGAAGAAGACCUCUAUCGAUCGGCACAGCUGAACAACCGACUCGCACGACUCAGUCUGGAAGGAAGGGAUUGUCAUACUCCCGAUCCUCAUUCUGCACCCAACUCUCCAGCCGUUCCCAGAGAGGCAUCUCAUUCAUCAAGGAGUAGACGACACUCAACUUCGGAUACUUCUAGCUCUUCCUCACUUCCGAGUGAAUCUGCUCACCACAAGUCACACAAGCAUGCUGAGCGCCCCAGACACCUUUCAACCCCACAUGGUAUUCCAUUGGUCCCAUCACCAUCGAGUGCUUCCCCUCACCGAAGACCCUCCGCAGGUUCAACUCUAGAUUUCACCUCAAACAUCUCACGACACAUUCCCUCGUCACCUCAAUCAUUCCCUCAAUCCGGGUCCAACUUGGGAGGGUCAUACAGAAGUCCCCCUACCCCCAGAUGCCGAGCUUCCAGUGUGACAGGUUUAUCCGCCAGAAAGCCUGUUGGAUAUAUCUCACCGAUGGAUAACGAAGAGUAUGAUCCCUAUGAAGCCCAUCCGGCUGCUCCUGUCCCAGAUCGUACAGACCGUCAUGUGAAUUCUGCUGGACUGACCGUAUCCGAAACAUUGCAGUCACCCCAGACACCUCUAUGUCCCGCUAAGAAGGAAUAUGUUCCCCCCGGAUUCGCAAAACCCACAAGAGAGGUACCGUGGAAUAGGGAUGGUCCAGCUAUGAAAACCCACGGUAUAGCAUGGCUGAGGGAGGGCGAUCCGCAUGCUCUGCCUACAGCGCCCAAAGGUCCUAGGUGGGAUGUCGCGAGACCACCCAGAAUUGAUCAGACUCAGAAUGGAAGUUGGUGGGAAAGUAGUGGCGGCAGAGUCAAUUCAUACAAUGUUGGAUAG